ACACUACCAUCUCCGAGAGUUUUGUCCAAGAUGGCGUCAACGCAGUUAUCGGAUGAGGAGCUUUUCUCCGAAUUAAAGCUAUUUGGUUUCACUCCAGGCCCGGUUACCGAAAACACUCGCCCCGUAUAUUUGAAGAAAUUGAAGAAGCUUCGCGAAGAGCAACAGCAGCGGGGCUCCAGGCCGGGUAAAACCCGUAGCAGCGGGGCCAUCAACAGCACCGCUGGCGGAGGCAACACGGCGGGAUCCAGGCCAGCCAGCCAUGACGUCACGCACCUGAGCUCGAGCAGGAGACCGGGCAGGAAGUCCUCCGUCCUCGGCUUCAGCUCCGACGAAUCUGACGCCGAAACUCCACUGAAAAGAAAAGGCCUCAAUUAUAGCAGUAAGGCAGACCGAAGCUCCGGUUUCCCACAGCAACCGAAGAUAAGGCCCGUUACGACACCGAGAGUGGCUAGCAAGAGUCAGUAUGGCGCUGCAAGUACGCUGAAUAUUAACAAUUCUUCUCCGGGUCCCUGCGGGCAGAGAAGUGUCUCUUCGGGCUGGGGAGUUCGUGCCAGAUCCAGCCCCGAGGCGGAAGGGAGAGAUUACGACGAAUCGGGGGACGAGGAUUACUACGAGGGGGACCUGGAGAAGAACUCUCGCUCUUUAAAUGGCUGCGGAGCGUCUCAUUUAAACACUAGCAAGCUAGCUGCGGAUUACUCAGACUCAGACGAGGAGGAGGUUGUGGCCCUCAGUGCCGGAGAGCAGCAGCGGGUUAGGUUGGAGCAGAGACGGAGCUACCAGAAAGCGGGGUUUCCUUUCCACGGAGUGGGCCGAGGGUCCCAGGCAGGAGGGGCAGCCAGACAGGUUAACCCGCCCGAUAGUCUCAAUAUGUUGGGAACGCGGAGGGAGGAGGGGGAGGAAGACGAGGUUAAGAGAAGGGACUCGGACCCGUCAGGAGGCUUUCGCAGCCACAACUUUCCCAGAAAAUCCAUCUACGUGUCCCUCGCCGAGAACCACGGAGGAGAGGCAGGCCAUAACAACCACGUCGACGGGGAGGACGGAGCCUCAAGGAGCGGCAGCUCCAGCAGGUUCGCCAUCGGGUUGAGACCGCGCUUCUCCAACUACAGCAGUCUGUCCCAGACCUACAGGAGCAACCACUCCAACCACACCGCCCCCAACCACUCGUACAGCCAGGCGCUGCUUAAGCAGAAACUGUCGGUCCCGGAGGACGAGCUGCUCCAGCAGUUCAAACGGGAUGAGGUGGCCUCCUCUGGGAGCUUCAGCGCUCACUACCUGUCCAUGUUCCUGCUCACGGCGGCCUGCCUCUUCUUUCUGCUGCUGGGCCUCAUGUACCUCCGGAUGAGGGGCUCCGGAUCCUCAGAGGUGGAUGGAGUCAUUAAGAGCCACCCUUUUGGCAGCGACUUUGACACUUACGACAAGGAGACGAAGGACCUGAUCCUAAAGCUGCUUCUCAGUUUACACGACCACCUGGCCAACGUCGCUGGCCAGCACGACUGUGGAGACCAGCAGCAUCCCAACCGGAGUCUGUCCAUGAAAGAGGCCUCUGCGUAUCUACUGACUCAGAAUCAGGAGUUUGGUGGCUUUAUUGAAACGGCCCUGGAGUGGAUCAUCCGGACAGGCCAGGACGUUGGGAUAAGGCUGACUGGGACGCUAGCUGACGAACCACUGACCGAUUGGUCCGAGAUCUCUCAGCUGGAGUCCACCCAUCCCAAGAUGCCCUUCACAUGCCGCUUCCGACGAGCCUUCUUCACGGUCAUCAGCAGAGUCUUCCUCAUUGCAGUCGUGGUGGCCUGUGUGGGGAGCGUGGUCUGCUACAUGAAGUAUCGCUGGAGGAGAGAGGAGGAGGAGACCAGGCAGAUGUACGACAUGGUGGAGAGGAUCAUCGAUGUGUUGAGGAGCCACAGUGAGGCCUGCCAGGAGAACCAGGACCUGCAACCCUACCUGCCCAUCCCCCACGUCAGAGACUCCCUAGUUCAGCCUCAGGACCGGAAAAAGAUGAAGAAGGUUUGGGAGCGGGCCGUGAGAUUCCUCUCAGCCAACGAGUCCAGGAUUCGAAAAGAGACUCAGAGGAUCGGAGGAGCGGACUUCCUGGUGUGGAGGUGGAUCCAGCCUUCGCUCAGUUGUGACAAGACCUCCUUGAUGCCCUCCAAAGUGUGGCAGGGAAAAGCCUUCCCUCUGGACCGGAGGAACUCUCCUCCGAACAGCCUGACUCCAUGUCUGAAGAUAAGAAACAUGUUUGACCCAGUCAUGGAGGUCGGGGAGAACUGGGACCUGGUCAUCCACGAGGCCAUCCUGGAGAAGUGCAACGACAACGACGGCAUCGUCCACAUCGCGGUGGACAAGAACUCGCGAGAGGGCUGUGUCUAUGUCAAGUGUCUCUCUGCGGAACACUCGGGGAGAGCCUUCAAGGCGCUUCACGGCUCCUGGUUUGAUGGUAAGCUGGUGACUGUGAAGUAUCUGCGCCUGGACCGGUACCACCAGCGCUUCCCGCAGGCCCAGGGCAGCAGCACGCCCCUGAAGGCCUCCAGCCUCCACGCCAGUGCCACGGAAGCCGCGAGCGCCGCGGCCCGCCCGCAGCACCGCGUCUCGACCAACUCUUCGGGCUUCUCGUGAGGUCGGUGUCGGCGCUCUGAUUUCUCCUCUGUGCCCUCCCAGCAUGACGGCACUGGUCUGCUGCUGCUCCUUCACAACGGGAAAGACUCCAGUCUGUCUCGGAGAGAGCGAGGUUUCUUUGGUUUUGUUUAUUGUUUUCUUUUGUUGUGGUUUUUUUUCUUUCUUUUUUUUCUUACAACACAGGACCGCAAGAGAAGCUGUUCAGCUGCGCGGUGUUUGUUUUCAAUAAUCUUUGUAUUAAAAUGUCAUGGAUUUAAAGAAGGAAGCAAAAGUCCUUUCUUAAAAGGGAUAUUUAAGACACGUGCAGAGACUCCGCCCCUCCCUCCCUGCUCCUCCUCUUCCUCAGUCGGACUGUCAGUCGUAGCCCAUUUGGGCUCCGUGUGGAACGGGCUGCACGUAUCAAUACAACACGCGGGUGUUGAUUGCAAUGUACUCCCUGUUGUUAUUAUUAUGAUUAUUAUUUAGUCAAGAGAGGAAGGCGUGAAUGGUGGCACAAGCUUUAUGAUACAUCGUCCGUGGUUUGCUGCUCAGUUUCCCCAGCAGAGUUCACGUGCAUCCAGAGGGUCCACGAGCGCCCCGAGACCAUCUGACGGAGCCUCUGGGGCCGUGGCGCCCCCCGUGUAGGUCAUGUGCGGACGGUUUUUUCCCCUUUUUCCUUCUGAUUCUUGUUAUCCAGCAGCGCUCCAGCCACCUGAAGCUUUCUACUCUAGUUAUAAUCCAAUAUAUCCCCUCACGGUAUUAUUAUUUCCUAUUACAUUUUAUUAUGUACCUCACUCAAGAGUCGGGUCAUCUUUAGUCAGCGCGUGCCCUGGUUGUGUUCCCAACCCUGUCCUGAUAGAACUGUGCUGGUCCUCUCUGGACAUGAGCAGCAGACCUCACGGUGCUUCAUGGUCCAGUUUACAAGCUGAUGUUUGCGCUCAUGAUGAACCCUGAUGCUGUCACUACUGGUCUCUGAUCAGAUCAGCCUCUCGCGAUGUCGCUACCACACUUUUUUGCCAUAAGGAGUACUGUGAGGAUAUUGACAGUUUGAAAUGCUCAAUCCCAAUGUUCCAACCCGUCUGAGACUGUUCUGCAUCUAGAGGUUCCUGAGUGCUUGUGUGUUUGUGCUUUCAGAGGAAAAACGCAGCAAAUCCAGGCGCUCGGCAGACGACAUUACAUUUAUUUUAAAUUUUUUAAAUGCAGUGAAUUGAAUUGAGUUGGAUUCAGUAUUUGCAAGUGUGUGAAGUUGUACAAGUGGUGCACAUGUCAAAAUGUUCCAAACCUGCUGCAACGGUUUGCAGCAAAGCAACCCAACUGUGCCUUAAAUGUGUGCUUUUUUUAAUAGACUGGCACUGCGUCACUGGAGAAUGUGCUGGCUUUCAGAAAGGUUUAAAGGGUGAGGAAGGCUGCCAUAGGUGUAGUUUUGGUAGAGUUUGACAUCUUCAGAUUUGGUAUUUUGUAGCCGUUUCCUUUGAUAUUAAACCAAAUGCUUCUCUCUAUUUAUUAUUAUUAUUAUUAUUUGUUUUUUAAUCAGCUGUGGUGAUGUACUAUUUCAAUGUCACUAGACCUGUUUCAUAUGUGUCAUAUAGUUUUUCUUUCUUUCAUCGAAGAUGGACCUCACAUCCGCUUCCAAACAAUUGUCAGGAUGUGUACAAUGACAAAAUAAAGUGAACACUUUGAGAAAAUAAGCCAAUUGAUAGUGCAUCACUGCAAUCUAUUUUUGUACGCCUCCGGCAGGGUCUCAGCCCGCACCGACUGACAGGGCUGAAUGGAAGUGUUGGUUUGAUGUGAUGGCACUUCUCCAGCCCUGUGCUUCACCUUUUUUAAAUGCAUUCUUCCCCUCUGAUGUAUUUUAAUGUAAACACUGUACAUUUAUAUAACUGUAACAUGUACUAUGAUAUGCAGCGUUAUUUCCCUUGCGUUGUAUGUUUGGAGUGACCAGUAUCCCGAACCUGCUUGCCAGAGGGGGAGGUGCGGGAAAUGAGGAGGUGUACAAUACUACAGACAUUUAAGAAGAUACAGAUGUUUUAAUGUAAUUUGUCAAUUGUACAAACAGCUCAAAUUAAAGGUUUAUUAGGAGUUUUUAAA